AUGCCCCGGUGCACGACAUUGUUCCUGGCCAACAUUGUGACGGCAGGACCCGACUUUUUCCCCGGCAGGUGCAGAGGAACCAGAUACCCCCCACAGCGGAAAUCUGUCAGGGUUGUGAUUGGCCGGGCGAUCAGGUUGUCCCAAGCUCCCGAGCCGCAUACGUCAUACGUCAUUGGGUCUCCAGGCCACUACGCGCCAACCAAGAUCAAGGAAAGCGCUCGCGGGGGUGCGCCAUCCCAUCCCGAACUCCUACCCAUUCAUCCAUCUCGUGCGUCACCCUGUCGAUCUGCCACACACCUUUUUACACCUCGCACAUCUUGCAUCUCUCCCUCCCUCUUUGAUACCCCCAACCGCCUCCUACACCUACCUUGCCUACAUCAAAGCACAAAGCUUCUCUUCCAACCACAGCUCUCAUCCCUCGCAAUGGCUUCCUACGCAGACAUGGCCGCCAAGGGCCCCAAGCAGACUCCUGAGGAGGCCGCUGCUCCCCCUCCCCCCGAAAUCUCCGUCGACUCCACCGCCUCUACCUCCUCCCUAGUCGAUGUCGACAUGCCGAGCGUACACACCGUCCCCCACGACUUCCUCGAGCAGGAGAUCCAGACAGAAACCCAGGCCGACCGCGUCGACCGCGAAGAGAAGGCCCGCGCCGAGGCCGACCUCGCCAAGAAGAAGGCGGCCUCCAAGGCCCGUAAGGCCGACUCGUGGCUCAAGCGCCAGUUCUCCUCCCUCUCCGACGGCACCGCCAGCGCCCUCGUCGUCUCCAACCUCGUCGGUGUUGUCGGCCUCAGCGCCUUCCUCGGAUACAAGGCAUGGGGUCUCUACGAGCGCGGCCGUCUGUCGUGGCAGAGCGUCGGCCUGGGCUUGGGCAUCCUUGGUGUUGUUGGUCUUGGAGAGGGUAUCUUUGGAAGCUACUUGUACAAGACCAAGGGCAAGAAAUAG